GUACAGACCCGAACCUUCCCCGCAGAACCGGGGGGCCUCUUCCGCUCAGUGCACUGCUUCCAGAGAGGCGACAGCCAUGUCCGAUUUUGACAGCAACCCGUUCGCGGACCCGGACUUCAGCAACCCCUUCCAGGAUCCCUCUGUGACGCAGGUGACCCGGUCUGCCCCUCCUGGUGGUCUGGAGGAAUAUAACCCCUUCACAGACGGCAGAACGGCAGCCCCUGGAAAUGCCCCCAAAUCAACUCCUGCCCCAGCCCAGAACACACAACCUGCCAUCAUGAAGCCCACAGAAGAGCCUCCGGCUUAUUCACAGCAACAGACUCAGCCGAGGCGUAAUGAGGACCAAGCACGUGUUCAGGCUGAGUUGUUGAGAAGGCAGGAGGAGUUAGAGAAGAAAGCAGCGGAGCUUGAUCGUCGCGAGAAAGAGUUGCAGUCUCACGGAGCCGCGGGAGGGCGUAAGAACAACUGGCCUCCACUGCCAGAGAAGUUCCCCGUUGGCCCAUGUUUCUACCAUGAUAUCGCUGUGGACAUUCCUGUGGAGUUCCAGAAGACCGUCAAGAUCAUGUACAACCUUUGGAUCUUCCAUGCAGGCACGCUCUUUGUGAACAUGUUCGGCUGCCUGGCCUGGUUCUGUGUGGAUGCAUCCCGUGGUGUCGAUUUUGGCCUGGCGAUGCUCUGGUUCCUGCUGUUCACCCCCUGUUCUUUCGUCUGCUGGUACAGACCGCUCUACGGGGCUUUCAGGAGUGACAGUUCGUUCCGCUUCUUUGUCUUCUUCUUCGUCUACAUCUGUCAGUUUGGAGUUCACGUCCUGCAAACUAUCGGCAUCACCGGCUGGGGAACAUGUGGCUGGAUUACAGCUUUAACUGGUCUGAACGCCAGCAUCCCAGUGGGCAUCAUCAUGUUGCUGAUCGCAGCUCUGUUCACUGCACUGUCCGUGGGCUCGCUCAUCAUGUUUAAAAAGGUGCACGUUCUCUAUCGGACCACCGGGGCCAGUUUUGAGAAGGCUCAGCAGGAGUUUGCGACUGGAGUCAUGACCAACAAGACGGUUCAGACGGCAGCCGCCAAUGCUGCCGCUAACGCUGCAACCAACGCUGCUCGUGGGGCCUUUAAACCUCAUCCAUAAACUGACUCACACACACACACACACACACACCCACACACACACACGCUUACACACAGUGACAAGGUGGAGAUGCACAGCUCUGGCCCUGCUGGUUCUCAGAUCAAAUUGAUUUUUAAUUUAUGAAUGUUGCAAUGCUACGGUUGCCAUGCACACGUUGCUAAAGAAAAGUGUAACGUAAAUAACAGACAAGUGUCCAGAGCUGUUCAUCCUCAUAUCAGUGAAAUCUCCUCUACAUCGGCCCUGUCUGCUUUUCAGUCAGGCUGCUCACAUCCCUUUGAAACAUCCCCGUACUGACUCGACGUGUGUUCUGAGUGUGUGGGGUUCCAUCUCACUCUGUCAUCUCACUCCUGUUGUGGCUCCUCUGUCCUCCUCUGCUGAAGAUAGUUCAUCCGGACAUGACAGUUCUAGCAUUCCUUAUUUUUCUCAUGGUGACAACGUCUAAACAGCUUCCUGCCUGGUUAUUGGUUAAAGUGAUAAUCCGCUCAUGGUGUUUUCCACAUUAUUCAGUGUUUCUUGGUCAGAUACUGAAAGUACAGUAUAUGUUGGAUUGGCUGCAGCUGCGUGUGAAUGUUUACUUCACUUGAAAGGAAAAAAUUGGGGCUUUUCAUGAUCACUCCGGUGCUUGAACAUGAAGGUAUGAAAUUUGAAUUUUACCUUGUUCUAUAUCAGUGCUUCAUCCCUCAGACAAUACCAUUCUCGUUAUGGUAGAACCUAAUUCUUAUAAAUAGGAGUCUGACAGCAUUGAAACGACAUGCAUGUCAAGCACCCUGAAGGUAGAAGUCGCUCCCUCCACUAUUGGCUGGAUCAGGGGAACGUCUACUACGUGUUUUGUACCCAUCAGUUCCCGUGAGAAGCGAGCUGCAGAGUUAUGUCCCAGUGGCUGUUUGACUGAUUGAUUGAUGAUGUUUGGAUCUAUUCGUGGAGACGCACUGAACACCCAGGUCAGUGGAGGUCACCAGUACUCACCACAAACCUUCAGUCCGGUGCUCUCGUGCAUUAAAAGGGGGGAGAACACCUGAGGAAUAAUUGCGUUUCCUUUAUCGUGUGUGUGGCAUUAAUCGUGUGGCUCCCCCCCCCCAGUUGUUUCUCCAGACCUUCACACUAACGGCGCUAUGAGUCUGGAGAGCUGCUCGGUCGUGACCUCCUGUUGAAAAGGACGCAUAAUAACAUUCAUGGUGAUAACUGAGAGAAGGGACCUGGCUUUUCCCACUGAACAUGACAGUGAUGAAGCUAUUCUCUUCCUUUUCCUGAGAUUAUCCUAAAUACACAAACCAGUAAAAACACUGAUACUGCUUUUAUGAACACUAACAGUCUGUUUGCAUUUCUACAGACAAAGCCAGUCUGCUGAUUUUCCACAUCAGUAAUGGCCUCAGAAGUUUCUCAGCCAUUAAGAACACUAAGGAAAGAGAGAACUGGACGUGACACAGUGAUAUCACUCAGAUAUUUUAAUUUAUAUACAAUAAUAACAGUGUUAUUCAGCACUAAGUUGUAGAGACGACUCAUUGAAGGGAAGUAUGGAUGCAGGUUACACACGUGUAUCUCUCAUCGUCGAGUGUGAAGACGUACAUGACCGAUGACUGGUGACUGGUGCUGCUGUUACCACAUCGCAAAUGUGCAGCUUAAGAUCAAUAACUGGUCGUGACAAAGCAAGAAAAAGUCUUGGCAGCAUUUUGUGUUCGAAUUAUCUUUGUUCUAAACUCAUUGCACAUUUCUUGUUUCGCGUUAAACUUAGUGCAAAAGACAAAACAUGUUUUUAUUUAUGGUGUAAUUUAAGUUGUUCGCAUUUCAGUCGUGUUUGGUUAGAUUUGACAUUAUAUAUUAUGUUUGUUUGUGGGUUUUUUUUGUAUCACCAUAGCAUAAGCUAGAUUGUGUUUAACGACCUUGCAACUUGAUCCUGAAGGAGUUGUGCUCGUGUGGAUGAGAAUGUGUGUAUGACUGGUUUGAAAGAAAGAAGAAACCUCCCUCAAGUGUUAUUGUAAUUCUUGAAGAGCUUUGAGAGAUCCACCAAAUGUCCAUUUAGAUUUGUUUUUAAAUCUCUGUUUGUGACGUGUUCCCUUGCCAUGUUUUACUUUUGAGCUAUUAACACAACUUAUCUUUGCUACACACAUGAUUUCCAUGUAUCUAUAGUUUUAAGCGGUUGUUAAAUGAAGCCAUUGCCUAUGUGGGUGAGUAGUUGAUGUGUUUGGCGAGCUGGUCCGCAGUACAGAACGUGUUUGAAGUUUGCUGACACAUUAUUUCACUAAUUUCACUGAAUCAGAGAAGAAACUCAUUUGAAAGGGACACUUGUAUAUUUUGUAAAGUUGAAAAUUUGAUCCCCAUUUUCAGUCACAUGUAAAAAGAAAAUGUAAUGCACUCUCGUCUGGCCUUUGUCGCAUGUGAAAUAGUUUGAGUUUUGUAUAUUUAUGGUAUUAACAUGAAAUAAAAUU